AUGUUUCCCCCACAAGCGGCCAAUCUCAACAUCGAGGCCUUGGGUGGCAUCUGUGGCUCGAUCUCAAUUGCCUGCUGGGUUGUUGUAUUUUCACCUCAAAUUAUUGAAAACUUCCGUCGAGGCUCUGCUGACGGUCUAUCCCUUCUUUUUCUGAUUGUCUGGCUAGCUGGCGAUGUCUUCAAUAUCCUUGGCGCCGUCCUGCAGGGUGUACUCCCGACAAUGAUCAUUUUGGCUGUCUAUUACACCCUGGCAGAUAUUGUUCUUCUUGGACAAUGUUUCUACUACCGGGGUUUCAACAUUCGAGAUGAAUUUUCUUCAUCGCCUUCUCCGGAACCUGGCCCGGUCGCUACUGGUGCGCUAGACAGUGAAGAAAGUAGCGGCUCCGAGGCUGUGGUCGCACCGACAGAACGAUCAGCUUUGCUGCCAAAGUCGAAUGGGCUUGUUCAAAUUCAGGAACCGGCGCAAAAUGCACCGAAAGGACAAUCUUCCCAAGAUAGUGCUCGUCCGAUGUCCUCCUCACCCACGCAGCGAAGACGGCCGUCUGCUUCUUCUUUCAGAGAUAUUGUGCAUUGCCAUGUGGAUGGGACACACCUCUCUCCUGCAACUCCAUUUGUCGAUCCCAAUUUCGACAGGGCUCGUUAUGAACGCCGUCGCCGGCGCAUCUCUACUAUUCAAACCAUCCUCUUCAAUACCACGGCCAUUGCUCUCGUCUGUGCUGCCGGGAUCCUCGGCUGGUACGUCAGCCCGGGAUCAAAGAAGUCGAAGUCAGACCCCGAGCCUCUCACUCUGGAUCCUCUGGGACAGGCCUUUGGAUACUUGUGCGCCGUGUUCUAUCUCGGCUCCCGAGUCCCUCAGUUGCUGCUCAAUUACCGCCGCAAGUCUACGGAUGGAGUCUCUCUGUUGUUCUUCUUGUUUGCCUGCAUUGGCAACUUGACCUAUGUCCUGUCUAUCAUGGCAUACUCGCCGAUCUGCCAGGGUACAGUGUCAGCCUCAGGCAAUCUGGGCGAGCUAUCGCACCGUCAUCGCCCGCAUUGCCGUCCUGGAGAGGCAGCUGCCUUGUAUGGACGGUAUGUCUUGGUGAAUCUAUCCUGGCUUGUGGGCAGCUUCGGAACUUUACUGUUGGAUAUGGGGAUUUUCGUGCAAUUCUUCUUGUAUAGGGACGCGAAGAGUGUUGAUGAAGAGUAUGAUGAAGAAUAA